AUGGAUUUUAUUGUAGAUAUCCAAGGCUUCAGGGAUGUUCACGGACGUUUCUUGCCGAAAGAAGUGGCAUCCGUAGCACUCGAGCAUCCGUUUUCUUCGCACUGGCUCGUACAACCGCCAUACCCGUUCACCGAUCUAUCGGGGAAGGAGCGUGCCGUCAACAAUUACGUGACCUGUUAUCAUCACGGGAUCGAUUGGUUCGUAGGAGACAUAACGCUGCAUCAACUUGCUACCAAUUCACGAGAAAUCACACGCAAUGCCCAUCGUUUCAUCACACGCGGCGUAUCACCGGAGACUGUGACAAAGCGUACCCGCAAAAUAAUAAGACAUCACGGUCUUUCACCAGAGACUCUCCCUUGCCAAUGGUAUCCGAGCAUCAGUCUCACGCAUCAAAUUCACCCGAAUCCCCAGUGGACGACAGAGCACCCAGCAGUUCUACCCUUGUAUCAGUCGACGGAGAACCUAGAUGCACUGCCGGCGCUUCAAAGCGAAACUCGCGAGGUUUCUGCCGCGGAUCAAAUCCCUCUUGUUUGGACAGCACCAACAAUCAUCGUUGCAAACACCGAUGAUCACACGAGAGGGGGUAGCCACUGGGUGGCGUUCUACGUCAGUCCCACCGGUCAUGGACUCUACUUCGACAGUUUCGGAAUACCACCGCUUAUACCACAUCACAGACGAACACUGCGACGUAACUGCAGAAGACUCCACUGGAACGUCGAACAACUUCAGAGUCUUUCUUCGGACGUAUGUGGACAAUACUGUAUUAUGUUUGUGCAUUUGAUGGCUAUUGGUUUUACUCUUGCGCAGUUUGUGGAUAUAUUCGAUAAUGACCACGAAAACAACGACCGCAUCGUGGCUGAAUUUUAUGAAGGACUGACCUCCACCGAUCACUGUAACAAUAAAUCUCGAGUGCGAACACCACAUUGCAUUCAGUGCUGCGAAGCCAAAAAACUGUCAAAGGACGACAGACGAUAGUUUCUAGUCUCCUCAUGUUGUACAAAUUCUUAACUUUUUUUCAUUUACCAUUAGAACGUGAGCUUUGGAUUCAUAAUCACCAAAACUAGUGUACUUAUUUCUUACAAUGCCAUUAGAAAAAUUAAACAUUACUUUUACCGACAGAACGUAAGCUUGACAUAUAAUCACAAAAAGUAUUGUACUCAUUUCUAA